AUGCGGGCGGGGCGCACGGGGACCCCGCCGCUGCGGCGGGUGCUGCCGCUCCUUCAAGGCUUGUUGAGUUGCUGUGUGGCGUACAAUGUGGGUCUCCCGGAAGCUAAGAUAUUUUCUGGUCCUUCGAAGGAACAGUUUGGUUAUGCUGUGCAGCAGUUUACCAACCCAAAAGGCAACUGGUUGCUGGUCGGUUCACCCUGGAGCGGAUUCCCCGACAACCGCAUGGGGGACGUGUACAGGUGUCCUGUCCGUCUCCCCACCGCCACGUGCGAGAAACUCAAUCUGCAAACUUCCGUCAGCGUUCCCAACGUGACCGAGAUGAAAGACACCAUGAACCUCGGCCUGACGCUCACGAGGAACCUGGGGACCGGCGGAUUUCUCACAUGUGGUCCCCUGUGGGCGCAGCAGUGUGGAAGCCAGUACUACGCCACGGGCGUGUGCUCGGCCGUCAGCCCGGACUUCCAGCUCUCCACCAGCUUCUCGCCGGCUGUGCAGGCCUGCACGUCCUUCAUCGACGUGGUGGUUGUGUGCGACGAGUCCAACAGCAUCUACCCCUGGGAAGCGGUGAAGAACUUUUUGAAAAAAUUUGUCCAAGGCCUGGAUAUAGGCCCCGCGAAGACACAGGUGGGGUUGAUUCAGUAUGCCAACAGCCCAAGAGUUGUGUUCAACCUGACCACUUUCAAAACCAAAGCUGAAAUGAUCACAGCAACCACGCAGACGUACCAGAAAGGCGGCGACCUCACCAACACCUUCAAAGCCAUUCAGUACGCCAGAGAUUUCGCUUACACGGCAGCUGCCGGGGGACGGCCAGGCGCCACCAAAGUCAUGGUGGUUGUGACGGACGGAGAGUCGCACGACGGUUCCAUGUUGAAAUCCGUGAUUGCUCAGUGCAACGACGACAACAUCCUGAGGUUUGGCAUCGCAGUUCUUGGGUACUUAAACAGAAAUGCCCUUGAUACUAAAAAUUUAAUCAAAGAAAUUAAAGCGAUUGCCAGUAUUCCGACGGAAAGAUACUUCUUCAACGUGUCGGACGAAGCUGCCCUGCUAGAGAAGGCGGGGACUAUUGGGGAGCACAUUUUCAGCAUCGAAGGCACUGUUCAAGGAGGAGAUAAGUUCCAGAUGGAAAUGUCCCAAGUGGGAUUCAGCGCAGAUUACUCUCCUGAAAACAACAUCCUCGUGCUGGGCGCGGUCGGGGCGUACGACUGGAGCGGGACCGUGGUUCAGCGGACGUCUCGUGGCCACCUGAUCUUUCCCAAGCAAGCCUUCGACCAGACCCUGCAGGACCGAAAUCACAGCGCGUAUCUGGGUUACGCCGUGGCUGCCAUCUCUACCGGGAAAGGGGUCCACUUUGUUGCGGGCGCUCCUCGGGCCAAUUAUACUGGCCAGAUUGUGCUCUACCGUGUUGAUGAGAGCGGCAAUGUCACCGUCAUUCAGGCUCACAGAGGCGACCAGAUCGGCUCCUAUUUCGGUAGCGUGCUGUGUUCAGUUGAUGUGGAUAAAGACACCAUCACAGACGUGCUCCUGGUCGGUGCACCGAUGUACAUGAAUGACCUGAAGAAAGAGGAAGGAAGAGUCUACCUGUUCACUAUCACCAAGGGCAUCUUGAACUGGCACCGAUUUCUCGAAGGGCCCGAGGGUGUUGAAAAUGCUCGGUUUGGCUCAGCGAUUGCUGCCGUCUCAGACAUCAACAUGGAUGGCUUCAAUGACGUCAUAGUCGGGUCCCCGUUGGAACACCAGAACUCGGGAGCCGUGUACAUCUACAACGGCCACAAGGACACCGUUCGCACCAAGUAUUCCCAGAAAAUCCUGGGAUCCGAUGGAGCCUUCCGGAGCCGUCUCCAGUACUUUGGCAGGUCCUUGGACGGCUACGGAGACUUGAACGGGGAUUCCAUCACCGACGUGUCCGUUGGCGCCUUCGGACAAGUGGUUCAGCUCUGGUCGCAGAGUAUCGCUGACGUGUCUGUGGACGCCUCGUUCACCCCGGAAACGAUCACUCUGCUCCAGAAGAACGCUGAGCUCCAGGUGCAGCUCUGCUUCCGCGCGCAGUUCCGGCCCCCAAAGCAGAGCAGCCAAGUGGCCAUUCUCUGUAACAUCACCAUCGACGCGGACCUGUAUUCGUCCAGAGUGACCUCCCGGGGGGUGUUCAAGGAGAACAACGAAAGGCACCUGCAGAAGAGCGUGGUCGUCGGCCAAGCGCAGACGUGCUCAAAGUUCCUCAUCCACAUCCAGGAACCCUCGGAUGUGGUCAGCUCCCUGGACCUGUGUGUGAACAUCAGCCUGCAAAACCCCGGCACCAGCCCUGCCCUGGAAGCCUACUCUGAGACGGCCAAGGUGUUCAGUGUCCCUUUCUAUAAAGACUGUGGGGACGACGGUGUCUGCAUCUCUGACCUGGUGCUGGGUGUCCAACAGCUGCCAGCUGCUCAAGAACGACCCUUCAUUGUCAGCAACCAAAACAGAAGACUAACAUUCUCAGUGACACUGAGGAACAGAAAGGAGAGCGCAUAUAACACUGAGCUCGCCGUGGGUUUUUCAGAAAACCUGUUUUUCGCGUCCUGGUCCAUGCCCGUUGACGGGACAGAAGUGACGUGCCAGGUUGCUCCGUCCCAGAAGUCUGUUGCCUGCAACGUAGGCUACCCUGCUUUGAAGACGGAACAGCAGGUGACGUUCACUAUCAACUUCGACUUCAAUCUGCAGAACCUUCAGAACCAGGCGCUGGUCAGCUUCCAGGCCUCCAGCGAGAGCCAGGAGGCAAACCAGGCAGACAACCGGGUCAACGUCACCGUCCCCCUGCUGUAUGACGCGGACAUCCACAUCACCAGAUCAACCAACAUAAAUUUUUACGAAGUCUCCUCGGACGGGAAUGUUCCUUUGAUCGUGCACAACUUUGAAGACAUUGGUCCAAAAUUUAUCUUCUCCGUUAAGGUGACCAUGGGCAGCAUUCCAGUAAGCAUGGCCUCCGUCGUCAUCCACAUCCCCCAGUACACCAAAGAGAAGAACCCGCUGAUGUACCUGACGGGGGUCCACACAGACCAGGCCGGCGACAUCAGCUGUAACGCCGACGUAAACCCGCUGAAGAUAGGACAGAGGCCGACUCCUGUGACUUUCAAGAGUGAAAAUUUCCGGCACGUCAAAGAACUGAACUGCAGAACCGCCGCGUGCCUGAACGUCACCUGCUGGCUGAGGGACCCGCAGGCCCGAGGGGAGUACUUCCUGAACGUGUCCACCAGGGUCUGGAACGGCACGUUCGCCGCCGCGUCCUUCCAGACGGUGCGGCUGGCGGCCUCUGCAGAGGUGGACACCUACAACCCGCAGAUCUACGUGGUCGAGGACAGCACAGUGUCGAUCCCCCUCACGAUAACGAAGCCCCACGAGAAAGCUGAAGUACCCACCGGAGUUAUAGUAGGAAGUGUCAUCGCGGGACUCCUUUUGCUACUGAUCCUGGUGGCUGUUUUGUGGAAGCUUGGCUUCUUCAAAAGAAAAUAUGAAAAAAUGACCAAAAACCCAGAUGAGGUUGACGACACCACAGAACUGAGCAGCUGAGCGCCAGCCUGAUCCUGUGGUGGCCGCAGGCCGCCCCCCAGCGUUUGCCAUUGGCGUGCACGUUGGUUAGGUCUGUGCUUUGCAAUGUAAUGGGUAA